UCGUUUAGUAUAUUUCCCUUAUAUGAAACAUAACUCUAUCGAGGCAUGCAUAUUUCAAAUGAAAAAUCUAUUCAUUCAAACUGAAGAAAUAUUGUCAAUAGUAUUUGUGUUGUAUAUUCAUUUAGCUAUAUAGCAAACUGAUCUCUACUUUUAAGACAUACUCCUAAACUAUGAAUACAAUUAUUGUAGUUUUAUUGUUUUGCAUUUUGGAUUGCGCAUUCAGUUGUACAAAUUGUCCGGAGCACCAAAGUCAAAAUGUGACAAGUGACCUAUGUCGCAAAAAUGAAGAUGGUCAGUACAACACGAAUGGGUACAAUACUAGAAGUAAAAGAAAUGAUUCCCAAUCCAGAUAGUAUUAUGGAACAGCUUGACGCCAUGCAAUUGUAUUAUAUAUAUAUUAUUAAAAUCACAGAAGUCUACAAGGCGAUUGGGGAAUUAAAAGAAAAUCUACAGAUACAGCUAAAAACAUCUAACGAUUGUGUCCCGGACAAACUGGACGUUGGUACAUCAUAUCUUUUGGCAGCAAACACUGAUUUGAUAAUCGGAAGAUGUAACAUAGUUAAACCGUCUGAAAGUACAAGUUCAGAAGACGUGAAGUUGCUGCAAGGAGAUAAUAUUUGUUCUUAAUUUCUCUCUAUAACAUGUAGAAUGCACUGGCAGUGGGACAGUCGAAAUAUACAAUUUAAAGACUUAUUAACAAAUUGCAUCUUAUAAUUAAAGGUCUUCGAUCUAUAUUAAAUGAACUAAAUAAAUUUUGGGACUUUAUAUCUAACUACAAUUCUUUAUAACCUGAUACAAAAAAAACAAUGACUAAUAUCCUGAGAUAAAUCGUUAAAUUAUGACAACUGUGUGCUAGUUUUUCCAAGAGAGUUUAAUAAAAUAAUCGUACCAAUU